GCUCGCUCUGAGGUAUAUAAGUAUCCUUAUUCUCCCAUUCUUCCUAACCCAUCUACCCAGUUCACCAAACUCAAAUCGAUCCAGAUACCUUUCCGAGUCCUAGAUCCUUUUCUCCCUUGACAAACCCCGACCCCCACGACCAUCCACCACAAUGACAACCACCGUCCUCAUCACCGGCGCCAACCGCGGCCUCGGCCAGGGCCUUCUCAAGCUUUUCCUCCAGAAACCCAACCACACGGUCAUCGCAGCAGUCCGCACCCCAAGCCACCCCACCGCCCAAACCCUCCCCACCCUCCCCCGAGACCCAAGCACCCACCUCAUCAUAAUCCCCUACGACGCAAGCCUCGACACCUCCGCCCAAACCGCCACGCAGUUACUCACCACCACACACGGGAUCACCCACCUCGACAUCGUCGUCGCCAACGCAGGCAUCGCCAAAUCCUACCCGCUGGUCAAAGACGUCCAGCUGCCCGAGAUCCGCGAGCAUGUGGAGACCAACGUCCUGAGCGUGGUGGCGCUCUACCAGGCGACGCGGGACCUUUUACAGAAUUCCGCGGACAAGCCGGUGUUUGCGAUCAUGGGGUCUGGGGCUGGGGCUUUGGGCCGCCAGCCGCCCGUCCCCAGCGCGGUGUACGGCGCCUCCAAGGCGAUGGUGACCUGGUACGGAGUGCGCAUCAACGCCGAGGACGCGUGGCUCAACGCCUUCGUGCUGGAUCCAGGCUGGGUGCAGACGGAUAUGGGGAAUGCGGCGGCGCAGGGGUGGGGGAUGGAGGCCGCGCCGACGAGUAUCGAGGAGUCGGUGGGUGGGAUGGUUGAGGUGUUGACCACUGGGACGAAGGAGCGGGUGGGCGGGAAGGUGGUGCUGUAUACUGGGGAGGUGCAGGAGUGGUAGUCUGCUCGUAGAUGUGGCCGCUUGUGGCAUGUUGGACUCUUGGGCGUGUGGAACCUGCGGAGAAGCCCGAAAUGCUUGAAUUAUACUGGAAGGGAUAUUCCGAGAUGCCAUCUCCUAUACAGAUGACCACCAAACAUUCACCCUCCCUCUACCCAACCCAUUCCCGUUUGAAAGGACAUGACCAAUCAAUCUCAACCCAACAUUCCUUCAUCCAAGCUCUCGCCUAAGCCCACACCCCCAAAAUCCG